CGACAAUCUAAAUCUACUUGUUACACCAUUCACCGGCGAUUUUCAGGGUCGCAUCCACAUAUACGCAGCAGCAGCAGCAGCAGAAGCUGAUAACUGCACCACUGCACCACUUACUAAGAUCCAGACCCUGCGGUCCUGAUCUGCACCCACCAACCCAGCAUUGGCCACCAAAAUCGAUGAACACAAUGUGCUGUUAGCCAUCCUGCGAGCUCAGUUCUCUCAGUCGCGCUCGACAGGAUGAACGCUACCGCACCCACCAGACCUCGCCUAUUGAGCAUGGGCUCGACGUACUCGGAAUUCGACGAAGAAAGCAGCGGGAAAGCAUCACCACCAUUACUUUCGCGCCACUCACUCCGUCGCCUCAUCCGCGUCUCCGCUCUGUUGUCGCUUUUCUUCUUCGUGCUAUACAUCCUACGCAACCACUUCCGUGCACAACCACCCAGCUCACUUUCAGACUCUACCGACACCGCGAACGACGACGACAAAGCUAAUAAAGCCCAUGACGACCCAGUAUCCCCGGUCUAUCCCCCGACCAACCCAACAGAACUCCACAUCCACGACCCCAGCAUCAUUAUCACUUAUUCUCACCCCGAACCCCAGCCAGAUCAAAACUCCAACCCCAAGCCAAACGCAGCCCACCAAACCCGCACAGCACGUCCCGUGAAGACAUACUAUGCCUACGGCUCCGGCCCGCACAUCCCCAUUCACACCGCGCCGGCCCUCUCCGGCCCCUGGACCAAGAUCGGCACCGUCCUAACCACAGACAGCGUCCUCCCCAUCGGCGACCGAAAAGCGCCCUGGGCGCCCACGGUCGUCGCCCACAAUGGCACGUACUACUGCUACUACGCGACAAGCCACAGCGGCUGCCGCCGCAGUGCAAUCGGGGUAGCUACCUCGUCGGACCCGGGACCCCGGGGAUGGGUGGAUCACGGAGUCAUCAUCCGGUCCGGCGUAGGAACAGGGUCGGGGUUGUACCCGAUGGAUCGCGCGAAUGCGAUCGACGUGAGUGUUAUAAUCACUUCUCUCCCACCGGAAGAGAAGGAACCCCAAAAAGAAGAAGAUGUGGGAGACAAAACGCAUCCCCGCCUCUUAUUCUCCCGAGAAGAAAUCCCCCAGACCGAAGGCGAGGGAAAGGGAGAAGACCCCAACCCCCUCUCAACCUCUCCCUCUAGCCCCAAGCCAACGGAGAAAAAAGGCUACCUGACCUUCGGCUCCUUCUGGACAGGGAUCUGGCAGAUUCCGCUCACCCCCGACCUUCUGGGGAGUGACUACACGGGCAACCGCGAGGUGCGGCACCUCGCCCACGAGCCGCGGGCGGUGCACCCGCCUAUCCCCAAGUCCAAUGGGAUCUGCGGCGACCCCACGGGGAUGCAUCCCGUCGAGGGCCCGUUUAUCUCCUACCGCGCGCCGUGGUAUUAUCUGUGGUUUAGUUGGGGCAAGUGCUGUGGGUUUAAGCCGGAGCGGUUGCCGAGGAAGGGGAUGGAGUAUAGUAUCCGGGUCGGCCGCUCGAGGAGUCCCCGCGGCCCAUUCGUGGAUAAGCAAGGCCGGGACCUGGUGGAGGGCGGCGGGGAGGUUGCGUAUGGGUCGAAUGGGGAGGUGUAUGCGCCUGGGGGCCAGGGGGUCCUGGUUCAUCGUCGAUACGAUGAUGUUCUCGGUGUGGAGGUGGAGGAGGAUGUGCUUUAUUAUCAUUAUCUGAAUACCUCGGUGGGGUAUGAGUUUCAUGAAGCGCGACUGGGUUAUAAUGUCCUGGAUUAUGUGGAUGGCUGGCCGGUUCCGGUAUAGAGGAUUUGGGUGUUGUAGGGGGUGUGAUGGCAGCCUGGUGCUGGCUUUUUUGACUUCUUAGCUUGGCUUGGCUUGGUAGAUUGUCUUCUGGCGAG